UUUGUCCUCUACAUGCCCCCAGAGGCUCCGCAAUUGCGUCACACCCUACAUACCGAGCUUCCGACUACAUUUUCAGAUCAAGCAUAAAUUGGCUUUAAAUCACAGCCGCUGUGCAGCUCCAACUGGAGGGAUGUGAUUGUGAUCCCGGAACAGGACGUCUUCAUAAAACAACACACCGUUCAAAUAAAACAAAGAAGGAAGGAAAACUGGACCAGGAGGGAUAAGAUGGUGUCAAAGGCGGCACUAAGGUCUAGGAGCAUGGGGACAGAUGCAGAGCCUUGGUCUGAUGUCAUUAAAAGAGCUACGGGAGCAGGGGGGAUGAACGGCGAGGAAGCCCCGGGGAAGUCUCCUGAAGAGAUGUACAUCCAGCAGAAAGUGCGGGUCCUGCUCAUGCUGAAGAAGAUGGGAUCAAAUCUAACGCCGAGUGAGGAGGCGUUUCUAUGGAAUUACGCAGGCGUGGUCCACGCUCAGAUGAGCCAACUACCGCAGCACAACAUGGACCAGGGUGCGGAGGACGUGGUGAUGGCUUUUUCACGACAAGAAACUGAAGACCGGCGGCAGUGACCCUGGACCCGUCCCCGGCAAACCAAACUCCACUGACCGACACAACACUGUUGAGUUUCUGGAGAGAGAAUGGGCAACUGUUAUGGAUGGAAGGACAGAGGGUGACACCGGGUGUUGUUUACCUUUUCUCCCCCCCUUCCUUUUAUCCUGCCUCCUUCCUCUACAAACUGACACACACCAUUGCCACAGACACAGUAGGUAUACAUUACCUUGGCUUAGGUCCUUGGUGUCGAGCAAGCCGUUGAAAAAUUCAAAACCUUGUUUUUUUUGUCUUGUUUUUUUGUUUUUGGCAUCGGGCCAUGUUGUUUCGUAUCUGCUCUGGUCAAUGGUAGAACCUUGUUGUUUGGUCAAACGAAAUGUGAGUGUUUUACCUGAUGACCUUGCGGGAAGAUAAUGAAAUAUUUUUGUUUACUUUUUUUGGUUGAAUUUGUUUAUUUUUUAACUGUACACUGUUGUGUUUAAUAGUUUUCAUAUUCUGUCAAACCGAUUGUACUUCUUGCUGCUUAUUGCUGCUUUGAACAAUAGGCUGUCAAGAGGGCAACUCUGCUUCCAAUUUGGCACAAGUAUUAGAAUCAAGGACACUAGCACACACAAACACAGAUAAAGUAUGCACAUGGCCUUUCCCCAAGUAAACAAGGUUUUGGGUUAUUGUGAAGUGAUAUAACCCUUUUUAUUGUACAGACGGGAUAAAUACAAUAAUGAGUUGAUUGUGCCAAUUAUAUAUUUAUUUUCUUUUGUAAGAUACAUUUAACAUGAUUUUUAAAAGGUGUCUGACGAGGGACAUACUGUAGUUCUAAUUUAUUAUUGAUUGAAUUGACUCGCUCCCAAACUGUCAAAUCUAAACGGGCCGAAUCAAAACUCCUAACGUUAUCAAAAGUAGCCAAGAGCAUAAUGUCAGCACUCUUUAGAUUGGACUAGGUUGCUCUUGACUCACACUAAUGUAAUUACAGUGAGGGAAAAAAGUAUGAUGCUGAUUUUGUAUGUUUGCCCACUGACAAAGAAAUGAUCAGUCUA